UGACUCAGCACUUCCCUCCUCCUGUCCUCUGGUGUCACAUACGACCUGUCAGCUGAUCCCAGCUCUGCCUGCAGCUCACAGCUUACAAUCAAACACACCUAGAGAGAAGGGAACUGUGUUUUCACAACUGUAACAACACAUAGAGAUCACAAGUGGAGUUACUUGUCUAUAUUCUAAAAUAAAAGUUCUAUCUCUGUGGGCAGAUUUCAAAGCAUGACUGCUAAAGUGGACCUAGCAACCCUGGACCUCAGCAACCACCAAGCAGGGGAGCAGAAUGGCAACCAAACUUUCCUAUACACGAGGAAGAGGGGCUAUGACAUCACCAGAGACCCACAUCUUAACAAGGGUAUGGCCUUCUCUCUGGAGGAACGACUGCAACUUGGAAUCCAUGGACUGCUGCCUCCUUGCUUUCUCAGUCAAGAUGUGCAGGUCCUAAGGGUGUUGAGGAACUAUGAACGCCAGAAAUGUGAUCUUGACAGAUACAUUUUAUUGAUGGGACUUCAAGAUCGCAAUGAAAAGCUUUUCUACAAAGUCUUGACAUCAGACAUUGAAAGAUUCAUGCCAAUUGUUUAUACUCCGACUGUAGGGUUGGCAUGUCAACAAUAUGGCCUGGCAUUUCGACGACCAAGGGGCUUAUUCAUUACAAUUCACGACCGUGGUCAUGUUUCCACACUGAUGAAGUCUUGGCCUGAGAGUGUUAUUAAGGCAGUCGUGGUGACAGAUGGAGAGCGAAUUCUAGGUCUUGGAGAUUUGGGAAGUUAUGGCAUGGGCAUCCCUGUUGGUAAACUGGCACUUUAUACAGCAUGUGGAGGAGUAAAGCCUCAGGAGUGUCUGCCAGUGAUGCUGGAUGUGGGCACUGAUAAUAAGGAUUUGCUAGAAGAUCCCUUGUAUAUUGGCCUGAGACAUAGACGAGUGAGAGGAAAAGCUUACGAUGACCUUCUGGAGGAAUUCAUGCAAGCUGUGACAGACAGGUAUGGCAUGAACUGCCUUAUUCAAUUCGAAGAUUUUGCUAAUGCCAACGCUUUUCGCCUUCUGAAUAAAUAUCGCAAUCAGUACUGCACUUUCAAUGAUGACAUCCAAGGCACUGCAGCAGUGGCGGUUGCUGGACUUCUUGCAGCACUGCGAAUAACAAAGAACAAGUUAUCAGAUCACACAGUACUAUUUCAAGGUGCUGGAGAGGCUGCCAUGGGAAUUGCAGACCUAAUUGUGAUGGCAAUGGAGAAAGAAGGGACUCCUAAAGAUGAGGCUAUCAAAAAGAUAUGGAUGGUGGACUCUAAAGGACUGAUAGUGAAGGGCAGGGCUUCCUUAACACAUGAAAAAGAACGCUUUGCUCAUCCACAUGAGGGAAUGAAGAAUUUACAAGAUGUUGUCAAAAACAUCAAGCCAACUGCUCUGAUAGGUGUGGCAGCCAUUGGUGGAGCAUUUACUGAACAAAUUAUUAAAGACAUGGCUGCCUUCAACAACAGACCAAUCAUAUUUGCACUGAGUAACCCAACAAGUAAAGCAGAGUGCACCGCAGAGCAAUGCUACAACCUGACUGAGGGUCGUGGAAUUUUUGCAAGCGGAAGCCCAUUCGAUCCAGUCACUCUUCCAGAUGGACAAAUCUUACAUCCUGGACAGGGCAACAAUUCCUAUGUAUUCCCAGGAGUUGCCCUUGGAGUUAUUGCGUGUGGCGUGAGACAUAUAAGUGAUGAAGUCUUCCUCACAACUGCCGAGGUUAUAGCUGAACAAGUUUCUGAUAAACAUCUGGACGAGGGUCGUCUGUACCCACCUUUGCAAACAAUACAAGACGUCUCUGUUAAAAUUGCUGUUAAGAUUGUAGAAAAUGCAUACAGAGAUAACACUGCAUCCGUGUUUCCUGAGCCUGAGGACAAGGAAGGUUUUGUCCGCUCUCAGAUGUAUACCACGGAUUAUGACCAGUUUGUGGUGGAUUCCUACUCGUGGCCUCCUGAGGCAAUAAAAGUGCAGACUGUCACUCUCUAAAGGUGAAGC